GAAGCUAGUCCACUCCCUUAGUUGCGGAAACGACUUUCAGGAGACAAGACAAAAGAGCCACGACGCCAGUUCUCAGGGGAACAUAUUUCAUAUCGGAGCGACUGUUUUUUUUUUAAACUUCGACAGCGAGAAGUUCAUAGGGACUAACGGCCGAUGGGGACCGCUGGCUGCGCGGUUGUUUGCCUGCUAAUGGUCGCUUUUCAGGCCUUGGCUCUACUGACUACUGAAAGCCCACCAUGUGCCCCUGGAUUCAAAUCUGAUUUGUUGAUGUUUAGAGUCAGCAGGAAACACCUGAAGCCGGGCACAGUUCUGGGCCAAGUCGGCUUUACUGACUGCACAGACCGCACCAGGUUCCUCUUCAACAGUGACGACCGCCAGUUCAUGGUUCAGACCGAUGGGACUUUACUGGUCAAGAGAGCAGUAACUCUUCAUGAAGGACAUAGGGACUUCUCUGUUCAUGUGUGGGAUUCACGAGGUCUCAAGAUAACCGUUGAUGUUAGACUACUGUACCAAAGGCAUAUUCCUGAAAACGCUUAUCACAAUUUCGAGCAUCACCAUGGUGACCACAGCAUUCAGCAACAUCUCGUUGAAAUGGAGUCUCCAGCCGAGGUGCCUGUUCUCUAUUUUCCCAAGACUAAAGGGCUGAGGAGGAGGAAGAGAGAGUGGGUUAUUCCAGACAUCAAUUUCCCUGAGAAUAACAAAGGACCGUUUCCUCAAGAAAUGACUAAAAUUCGUUCAAGUGAGGCUAAAUCAAAGAGAAUCUUUUAUAGCAUCACUGGUCCUGGAGCUGAUCAACCUCCUGUUGGCCUUUUCAUCAUGGACAAAUACACAGGUGUUUUGUCUGUCACACAACCCCUGGACAGAGAGAAGCAGGCCAGAUAUGUGUUUCAAGCUCAUGCUGUGGCAGAUGGUUCUGGAAAUGCUGAGGAGCCAAUGGAAAUUGUAGUGAAUGUAUUGGACCAGAAUGACAACAAGCCUGUGUUCACUCAAGUUGUAUUUGUAGGACAAGUUCCCGAAGCAUCACCAAAAGGUUUUGAGAUUUGUACAGUAAAUGCCACAGACAAGGAUGAUCCAAAUACAGAUGGAGGAGUAGUUCGCUACCGUAUUCUGAGCCAGGACCCCAAAUUGCCCACUGACCCUCUGUUUGCCAUAAACUCAGUCACUGGGGUCAUCUAUAUCAGUGAUACUGGGCUGGACAGAGAGAAAUGGCCACAGUAUACUCUGGGGAUACAGGCUGCUGACACCAAUGGAGAAGGGUUGCGCGCAGAAGCCCAAGUAAUUAUUACUGUAACUGAUAGCAAUGACAAUGCUCCAGUCUACACUCAGGCACAGUAUGAAGCAGAAGUGGAAGAAAAUCAGGAAGGCGUUCUUGUGGCCAAGAUGGUGGUAACGGAUGGGGACGAGCCACAUACCCCGGCCUGGAAUGCCAAGUUCAGGAUUGUUGGUGGUGACCCCGGAGGGCUUUUCAGUGUGACAACAGGAAGUAACAAACAAGAAGGAAUUAUUACAACUGCGAAGAGUCUUGACUUUGAAGCAAACAGCAAACACACCUUGUUGGUUGCAGUAGAGAAUGAGGUUCCCUUUGCUGUUUUGUUGCCCACGGCCACUGCCACAGUGAUGGUCAACGUGAAGGAUGUCAAUGAACCGCCAGUGUUUAAUCCAAAAACAAAGACUGUGACCAAACCAGAAGACCUUGUUCCUAACAGCGAAGUAACUCAGUACACAGCAACCGAUCCAGACACGGCACGCUCACAGACUGUCCAGUAUAAAAUAAUCAGUGACCCUGCAGGUUGGCUGAACAUCAGUAAAGACAAAGGUGUGAUAAGGGUGAAAAGCAGCAUGGAUAGAGAGUCUGGCUUUGUAAGGAAUAACUCGUACACAGCACUCAUUGGUGCAUAUGAUAAUGAUGAGUCCCCAGCAACAGGAACUGGUACACUAAUCAUUCAGCUUCAGGACGUCAAUGACAAUGCCCCGGCCAUUGAGGAGCGUGCUAUUAAGAUAUGCAACAAGGAACCAGUUGAGCAGCUGCUGACUGUGAUUGAUAAAGAUGAGCCAGGAUUUGGUGCUCCGUACGCCGUCUCAUUAUUUGGCACAUCAAAGACCAACUGGACCGCUAAGAUGAAUAGCACCAAAACUGGCAUAAUCCUGAAUUUGGCUACGGAGCUGCCCAGUGGAGACUACGUUGUGCUCCUGAGAGUUUCAGACAACCAGGGCUUGGAGCAGACAAGCACUCUGCAGGCCAAAGUGUGUGACUGCACUGGGGAAGACGUGACCUGCCAAGGGCGUGUUGCAGGUGGAGCUGAUCUGCCUGUUAUCCUGGGAAUCCUGGGAGGCAUCCUGCUGCUGCUUAUGUUGGUGCUGCUGUUGCUGCUGUUUGCAAGACGGAGAAAAGUAGAGAAAAGCGAGCCCCUACUACAGGAAGAUGACAUCAGAGACAACAUCUAUAAAUAUGAUGAGGAGGGAGGUGGUGAGGAUGACCAGAACUUUGAUCUUGGCGUUCUCCACCGUGGGCUGGAUAACCGGCCAGAAGUCUUCAGAAAUGAUGUGGUGCCAAACUUCAUGCCAGCUCCUCAGUACCGCCCUCGUCCUGCCAACCCGGAUGACAUUGGCAACUUCAUUGAUGAUAACCUGAAGGCAGCAGACAAUGACCCCACGGCACCCCCCUAUGACUCGCUUCUGGUGUUUGACUAUGAGGGAGGGGGCUCGGAUGCAGGAAGCCUGUCGUCCCUUAACUCCUCGAGUAGCGGAGACCAGGACUACAAUUCGCUCAACGAAUGGGGGCCGCGCUUUAAGAAACUGGCAGAUAUGUAUGGUGGAGGGGAAGAUGACAUGCUGUAACCUGCAUGACUGGCUGUUAACACUAUUUGUUUAUAUAUGAAUUGUGUGCAUCCCAGAGAAAGUAAUCUGAGCCAGACGUUGGGCUCAUAUGUGCCUUGGUUGUACAUGUUUGGUUUGUGGUUUACGUUUGACUGCAGUUACUAGAGUCUAUCGGGUGAAAUGAAAUUAUUUUACCUUUUAAAAGAAGUUCCCCUUUGUGAAUCCUAAAGUGCUCCAUCUGUAUUUUACAUCUGUGUUCAAUACUAAAGAUUUUUUGUCUAAUCUAUAGAUUUCAUGCAAAUAUUUGAGGCUGACAGCUACAUUACAGUGGAAUAACAUGCUUGCAAUUGCACUGAAAUGUUAAGCAUUAUUAUUUUUUUGUUUUUAUUUUAUGCUGCGAAUAGUUUUGCAUUGUUAGGACAACUAAAUCCUGGUAACAAACCAAGGACAAUUGCUCUAUACCUAUAUAUUAAGCUUGAAUUUUUUUAUAAAAUUUUUAAUAAAAUUCAUUUGUAAUUAUUAUUUUUUUUAGGAAAUCUUCUUUUUCAGUGUUAUGCAAUCCAGCUAUUUCCUAUUUGACAGUGUCAAGGAACAACGAUAAUUUUAAAUUCUUUUAAGUGUAACUGACCACCGUGCAUCAUUAGAACAUCUGCUUGUAGUGGCUGGACAUCAGCAUAAUGUAAAGUAUUACUACUACUAUUAUUAUUCUCCUGUGGGGUGUCCAGGAUCAGUAGCACACCCUGCUUGACCUGUUCUACUAAUGUCAUCCUGGUUUGAUGCAUUGCGCGUUCGCCAAGUGAGGACAAGAAGGAGCAGCUAAUUGAAGUCUGGUGUAGAUAUAUCACCGAUGAAUCUAUUCAGAAAACUGGAACAAAUAUUGUGUAAAGAGGGAAAGCAUCGGCCAUUAAUUACAGAACGGAGAAAAGCCUCACAGACAAUAGAGGAUCAGCUCAAUGUGUCAAAAAUCAAUAGUUAAUACAGUGAUCCAGAAAAAUUAUGUUUAAAUGCACAGAAUUACUGAAGUGGUAGUCUCUGGAUGGGUGACAACUAGGUCAGAUUAUUUAACAUUGCCAGUGAUGAAAAAAUGUUUUAACAUUCAAUUCACUUGGUUUUUAUUCUGUCAAUAAUGUACAGAUGAUGUAAUUAGAAAAAGUGUCAUUACUGACUUUGAGAAUAAACUGCCUGCCAUGGA